CGGAAGUUGUUUCCUCGUCCUCCUCGCCGCACUUCCGUCCUCAAACGGUCUCAUUCUCGCACAGUGUUAGUGUUUCCCUGAGCUACCUGCAAAAACGGCAAAAGUGGCGCUGGAUACAUGGAAGCCCCUCAACUGGCCCCCGAUGUCGGGCAACGGCCCUGCGAUUCCGGGCUCGCUACCCUGGAGAGCUCCGGCUGUGAGGGGGCCGCUGGGGACAAUGCCCAGAGCCAUCCACCCGGGGCUGAGAGGGCCGCAGAUCCCGGGAGCAAUGAGAGGGCCGCUACUUCCUGGCAUGGGACCCAUGAGAGGGCCGGGGCCCACACAUCAAGCAUCCCCGGGGACAAUGAGAGGGCCAUCACCAGGAUUACUAAGAACCCCGGGGACCGGAUCACUAAGAGCCCCAAUAUUACAAAUGAGGGCCCAGGCAGCCCCAGUCACAGCGAGGAGCCCGACACCAGCAGGAGUGAGAGGACCACCUUUACUAGGACCAGGGUCAAUGAGGGGCCAAGCCAUGAUGGGGCCAGCAUCAAUGAGAGGUCUGGGGUUGCCAGCAUCAAUGAGGGGCCCUUUAUUGCCCGGGGCAAUGGGGAAAGCCAAUGGACUGCCGGGCCAAGCACCACAGAGGGGGCCCAUACUUCCCAACCCAAUUGCACCACAGAGGGGUCCCAUACUUCCCAACCCAAUGGGGAGAGGGGUCCCAUUACCAGGACCAGUACAUAUGAGGGCACCGCUGUUGCUGGGCCCAACUGCUCCAAGGACUCCACUUCUUCAAAGACCAGUAGCAGGGAGGGGACCGAUACUUCAGGGACCAAUACCAGCCAGGAACCCAGUGCCCAUGGUGCCGGAGAGAAACGGCACAAUACAGGGCCCAUUAAUGGGCAGAGGACUUCCAGGGCCAAUGAUGGGAAAUGGUCCAAUGAAACCAGGACCACUCCUCCCAGGACCAGCACCAUGGAGGGGGGCAGUGAUGCCAGGAUCACAGACUCUUUUAAGAAACCCACCACUCCUGCAAACUCCAUUGGGAAUGAAAAGACAGUGGAACCAAGAGCCAAAUCAGCAAAACCCUCGUCGCACUCUUCUCCCUCACUCUGCAGCAGAGCCUCCAGCGAUGAAACGGCCAAGGAUGCCAGCCAUGGGCUUCCCUCUGAUGCCUCCCGAGUCAGCCCUGCCAUUCCCUAUAAGGAACCUUCCUGGUCCGGCCGGCCCAGUACCAUUUACAGCCUGGAGAUCUUGAAAGGGGGUAGUAUAAUGUCUACUAAGAGCCUGGACGGUCUGAGCUGGACUCUCUUUGGUAGGCUUCCAAGUUGUCCUGUGUCAUUAGAGCACCCAUCUGUUUCACGUUACCAUGCUGUGCUGCAGUAUCGCCAGGUCCCUGGUACUGAGCCAGACCAAGAACCUGGCUUCUAUAUUUAUGAUUUGGGCAGCACCCAUGGAACUUUUCUGAAUAAGCAGAAGAUCCCAUCAAAGACUUACUGUCGUGUUCGGGUGGGUCAUGUACUAAAAUUCGGAGGUAGCACAAGACUGUUCAUACUACAGGGCCCAGAAGAUGACCAAGAAGAAGAGUGUGAGCUCACCGUUACCCAGAUCAAGGAAAGCCGCAAACUGCGUGAGAAAUUACAGAAGAAAAUGUUGGGUGAAGACUCCGAUGAAGAUGACUCUGAUGAAGAUGAGGCUCCAAAAGCACAGAGUGGCGAAGCAGAAGACACUGGCUGCAUGUGGGGAAUGGGGGAGGAUGCGAUGGAAGACGAAGAUGAAGAAAAUCCAAUUGCUCUCGAAUUCCAAGAAGAUAAAGAAGCUCUUUACUUGAAGAAUCCCAAGAAAGCUUUACUUGGCUUCUUUGAUAGAGAAGGAGAAGAGUUGGAAUAUGAGUGUGAGCAACAGGGGACGGGCACGUGGCUCUGCAGAGUGAGGUUGCCUGCUGAUGAUGCAACUGGAAAGCAGCUUGUGGCAGAGGCCCUACAUUCAGGGAAGAAGAAGGAAGCAGUGAUUCAGUGCGCUCUGGAGGCGUGUCGUAUUCUGGACAACAGGGGCCUGCUGCGCCAAGAGGCGGUGUCGCGCAAAAGAAAAGGCAAGAAAUGGGAAGAUGAGGAUUACUAUGACAGUGAUGACGACAUCUUCCUUGAUCGAACAGGAGUAGUAGAAAAAAAGAGACUAAAUCGCAUGAAAAAAGCAGGAAAAAUAGAGGAUAAACCAGAAACCUUUGACUCUCUGGUUUCUAAACUAAAUGUUGUUGAAAUGGAACUUGCUGAAAUAACCAAGCAACUGCAGACCACUCAGACAGGAGUAAUACAGAAUACCACACAGGAUCCCCUGGAUGCUUUCAUGACAGAAAUCAAGUCAGGGGACACACUUGAUGGUGUGUCCCGUAAAAAGCUUCAUCUCCGUUCGUUUGAACUGAAAAAAGAGCAGCAAAGACUGAAGGGCCUGAUAAAGAUUGUGCAACCUACUAAACUGCCGGAGCUCAGCUCCUCUACACAAGAGUCCAGCAAGAAAAAACUGACAUUACCAAUGUUUGGAGCCAUGAAAGGUGGAAGAAAAUUUAAGCUAAAAACAGGAACGGUUGGCAAAUUGCCCCCUAAAAGGACUGAGCUUCCAGCGAGUUUUUUUAAUAUGAAAGAGGGAACUAAUGAGGCUGAAGAGGAGGAGGAGGAAGAAGAGGAGGAGGAAUUACAAGAGCAGCCUAUGCAAGUGGAAACCACCCCAGAAUCCGAUCAAAUGCUGGCACAGGGCGCUAAAGCAGAGGGCACCCCAAGUGCUGCUGUUAGCUCCCAGCAGUCUGACGUCACGGAGGACAAAGGCAGCUCUGCAGAAACAAAGAAGGAUCACAAUGUGUCCAGCCCUGGGUGUGAUGAUCACGAUGUCUCUGUGAACAGACCUAAAGGAACUAAAGAGCUCAAACACCCAGAAGUUACAAAGCAGAGAAAAGUACAGGGUCCUAGCCGGCCCCCUCAAAAUGUUCUGUCUACGCAUUAUCCCGAAGAUGACCCAGAUUACUGUGUGUGGACACCACCGGCAGGUCAAACUGGUGAUGGAAAGACACAUUUAAAUGAAAAAUAUGGCUACUGAUGUCCAUCUUGGUGUAUGUUCUGUGUUUCUUUGGCCAAAGGAUACACAAACUUGCAGAACUCCUUUUAGGUUUAAUUUGCUGUCCAUUGUCUUUUCAAGGAAUGAUUCGGCUCUGCAGAUAAUUGAACCUUCAGAUCUGCAUCACUCAGACUACAUCUCUCAGUAAUGACUAUGUGAUUAAUAGGUGUUCAGAAACUAGAGACCGUAGGUUGCGUAAUUGUGUACCAGGCUGUAUGUAGAUGGUUCGUUGGGUGCACAGGAGGAAUUAAAUGUCUGGGACACGCUGUGUGUGUGUUGCUAAAAUAAUGCUGCCUUUAAUGUGCAACAGGUGUAAGAUAUUUGGUUCAGUGACACACCUAGCCUGACUCACACUCAUAUAUUAUCUAUUUGACACUCACUCUACCUGUAUCUGUUAUUUCUCUGUAGUCAUUGGCUUAGCUCGAGCAGCUAUUGAGAGCACAUCUCUGUUUCCUCUACUCAUUGUGCUUGUCCAUUUAAGUUGGAAGCACUAUGCAUUUUUUUUUUAAUAUAUAUAUGAUAAAUUAAGUAUAUUCAAGCUUUAGUUUUUCCUGCUUGUGUUAGGAGGGAGUACAAUGAGAAAUGUAUGUAAUAGGAAAAGCUUAAAAUAAACAUUUUUAGCUGCCGCUUUUAUCCGCUCCUGGUUGACCGGAUAUAUUUCGGUCCUUUGUAUCAUGUCAAUUUUUUAUGGCCUGCAUUAGCGUGUAAGUGCAUUGAGUUGAGUGGUUAUGAGAGGCUAAACUGUUCUAAGCAGGAGAGGACACCAGUCCACUUCCUACCAUCUAUGUAACAUUUUUCAUUUUAAGGAGCCAUCGCUAACAUUUUUCACAAGUUUUGAAUUGAAUAUUGUUUUAUUGGAAUGAUGAGCUUUAUAAGUCAGGGCUUUUAUAUUAGUCUUGUUUUCUAUUUAGAUUUUCCCAGGUCAUGUAGUUAGGAAUUUUCAUUUAUUACUGUGAAUACAGAAUUCCCCCAUAAAGCUUAGUUGUGUGAUCUUUUUGUGCUUUUUUUCCCUUUUUUAAGUUCUUUACCUUGUACAAUUCUGAAACUGUAUAUAUCUUUUAGGUUGUAGUCUAGUUUCUAAAACAAAAAAAAAACUUGUGAAAUAAAUGAAUGUUCAACAA